GGUUUCAUCUCGUUUCAUCAUGCUCCUGUACAAAAUUCAAAGCACUUCCACUACGUCGAGAACCUGUAUGGAGACCUGCACGAACCAGAUUUACGAAUUCUGCUUGUACCAAACGAGGAGGGACACCCAAAUCCUAAUUGCUAUGCCGAAAAAAUAAAUUCGUCUUUGUCUUGUUUCCUUCACGACCAGGCUGCUCCUGUGUGGCCGGUCGUGUUUGCGUAAGCACCAAAAGGAAAACUGCAGUAGGGUGGUGGUGGUGGUGGUGGUCCUACUACUUUUUCGGAAUCAGAAACACACUACUUCUUGUGUCUUCUAUUCCCUGUCAUUCGUCGUGGCGUUGUCUCGCACUCUUCCGGCAGACUCAUCCGAUCGUGUGUGAUUUUAAUUUGAUAUGAACUUACAAACGGCGCGCCCGUUAAGGCUGGGGGCCGGAAAGUUGGCCUGAAAUAGGCCAGAAGUUAGCCAAGCAGGGCGAGGCCAGCCAUUCGCCUUGGCUUUCAGCUGAAGGGGGCGCUGUAGGUCGCGAGCGCUGCGCGUGAAUAUGUGAAAAUGCGACCACCCACUCCUGGGGCGCGCCACAAAAGGAACGCGCAAAACACGGGCUCCCAGGACGAGGGGCCCUGUAAUGCUGGGGCCGGGGGGGAUUCUCACCGGCAGGGAGGCACAAUCGGCGCCGGCGCCUUCCACGAACAUCUAGGGCCGCAAGGGGGGGGUCCAAAACUGAGGGCGUCACCCCGCCCGCCUACUGCAGACCGAAAGCUUUGCGCGCUGAGCCUUUCGGGCACACUGGCAACCAACCCUUGCUUUCCAUCAGUGGCCAGGCGCCUGCGCUGCCGCGGGAGGACGGGUUGGACAAGGAAAGGGCACCAAAGAGGGGGCGCGGAACCUCGUGCGGCUCAAAAUUUGAGCCCACUGAGGUUCUUGCAUGAAGGGGGCGGCCGGUCUGGGUUGCCAUAGCUGCUCCUGGGUUCUUUGGCCAACGUCCGGCCUAAUUUGGGCCAGCUUUCCGGUGGGUUGCAUUAACAGCGGUGGCCGUUUGUGACAUCUGUCGCCCUUUCCUGCAUUUUGAUUGCGUUAAGGGUCUGUCGCCCUUUCCUGUCCGCAUUUUGGGACAUCUGUCGCCCUUUCCUGUCCGCGCUUUUGAUUGCGUUAAGGGGGGCCACCCUUUCCUGCAUUUUUCAUUUUCUAGAAGAAAAGGCUAGCCAAAAGUUAGCCAGAAGUGAGCCAGAAGUUAGCCAAAAGUUAGCCAAAAGUUAGCCAAAACGUUAGCCAAAACGUUAGCCAAAGAAGGGAAGCAAAAGACGCAGACUUUUGCUUUUCGGCAAAGGCCGAUGCUAUGGCCGCACCUGUUUCCGGCCGCUGGAUAACGUUUUUUGCAACUCCUGGCUAACUUGUUUUGCUCUGCUCUGGCUAACUUUUGGCUAGCGUUUUGAUUUGCGACCACUUAUUUUUUGGCCUUCUUUGCAGAUUUCAUUCGCCGGGGCCCCUGUCACACUCACGAACCCGAUCGCACUGCUUCCGGAACUCUCCGAAGCCUUCCAACAGCGGGUCGAAGCAAGGAAGUCGCCUACGCAACCGGCCAGCCUAUACAAAACAGCUGGCACCGUUGCGGGCGGCCUGUUUGUUGGACGCGGCGGGCUUGGUGGGUGCUUCGCAUUUUUUUUCCUGAGCAAAAAGGCGCGCGGGGUCGUGUGCGCCUUUAUUUUGCCCCACGCGCAUAUGAGGACUCAGCUGGAGGACCCUCCCUCUCCCCGGCGGGGUUGCGCCUGGGUGGGCGCCGAAUCAAUCCGCUCCGGCACAGCCAGCGGGCACAGGGAAAAGGGCGUCGAUCUGCCGGCCAUGGUGGCUGCACCUUUAUCCCAAAUAGAAAUAACAGCGCUUGCAGCUAAAAUCUAUCCGGGGCAGAGCUAAACUCUUCCGGCAGACUCAUCCGAUCGUGUGUGAUUUUAAUUUGAUAUGAACUUCGGAAAACGAAAAACAACGUCGUGGAGACUGAAGUCGGGUCGUUGCGUACAAGUAGAACUCGCAUGUUGAUUCGUCAAUCGAGCAACUUUUGCACUACUUAGGAACAUGCCUCACGGCAGAAAAAUUUUGGUUGCUGUCUCAUGGUGGUCCGCAUGAUAACUACCCUACGUUCACCCACGACAAAUAAAAGUUCGACCGUAAAGAUAGUGAUCGUCAUUGGCCGUGCCCUGUGGUUUUAUUUUGCGUAGUGAUCGAAACGAUGUAUAGAUAGUGUCUUCCCGCUCGCUGUCUUGAAGAUGGUACUUGUCGUGCCACACAGUCCUUGUCGGAGGGCUCCACAAUGUACAAGUUGUAUGGAUUUUUG